AUGUGGUGCUGCCUGGAAGCUCGCUCACCUGCCAGGCCCUCCAGACGUUUGCAAGGCGGCCAGGACAGAAUUCCUUCGCCGCACCUGCACGUUGGGCGCUUCAGCAGCAGCCAUUUUAACCUGCUCUUUGCGGUGGGUGUGCCGGACAGGCCUCACUUCAGCCAAAUGACAAGGGCACGGCGGCGGAAGGAGAAACAGGAUUUCCAGCCCGGGUUGGAAAAGAAGAUGAAGCCGGUCAAGAAAGGUGGGCUACAGGGUGGCGCUCCAAGUUUGCGUGCUGCGCCUGGCUUGGGAACAGGCCCCCAGACCGCUCUUGCACCCCAAGCUGGAGGGCCGGGGGGAUUCCUGGACACGCCACCCCAGCAAGAGGCUCCCCCCCGGCUGGACCACAGCCUGCUUCACCUGUGGGAGACGCAGUUCCGGGAGUUCCUGAAAGUCUCUCUCUCCGAGAAGCGGCUGCUGGAGGAGCUGACCCCGUGGGAGGACCCCCGGGCCUUCCUGGCCUCCUUCGAGGAGGUCGCUGUGGCUUGCCGCUGGCCGAGAAAAGAGUGGGUGACGCGGCUGCUGCCAGCCCUCAGCGAGGAGGCCGAGAGGGCCUUUGUCAGCCUGGCGGCUGAGGACCGCGAAGACUUCUGGAAGGUGAAGGCGGCCAUCUUGCGCCAGGCGGCCACUGGCAGAGAGAAGCAGCGUCAGGAGUUCCGCCGGUUCGGCUACCAAGAAGGCAACGGCCCAAGGGAAGUCCUGGCCCGGCUCCAGGAGCUGCUGUGCCACUGGCUGCGCGCCGAGAGGAGCAGCAAAGAGCAGAUUCUGGAGCUCCUGCUUCUUGAACAGUUCUUGAACAUCCUGCCACGGGAAAUGCAGAACUGGGUCAGAGAGCGCACCCCGGAGACGUGCAUGGAAGCCGCGGCUCUGGCGGAGGAGUUUCUGAGACGGCUCCGAGCGGCUGAAAGUUGGGGAGGGCAGGAGCCAGAAGAGGCAGAGGCUCAACCAGAGAUGCCACCCACGCAGACACCUGCUCAAACAGGGAGUGAGCAGCAAAUCGAGCCAUCGCUGCAACCCUAUCCAGCAGGUUACAAGCAGUCCCAUGUGAGCAAAAAGAAAAAAUUCCAGCGUGCCCACGAUGGAGAUGCAAAACUCCCAGCGGGACUCCCUGGAACAGCCAACAGGAUGUCUCCUUACUGCAGGAAGCAGGGAAGCGGUGAUGUCCAGGAGCGCCGUCAUUCCGAAAGGCUGCGGAAGAGCCAUCCACCGGCCCAGGUGGAGAUGCUGUCUUCUCCCCACAAGGAGCAACCUAAGUUGGAAGAGCCAGCUUCUCUUGCCCCAAAGAGCCCCCAGGACCAAAUCAAGCACUGCAGGGAAUGCGGCAAAAAUUUCAGCGGGAUGGCCAGUUUCCUCCGCCACCACAUGCGGCACACCGGGGAGAAACGCUACGAGUGCUGUUUCUGCGAGAGAGGCUUCUGCUGGAGGUCGGACCUGGUCCGCCACGAAUGCCAACAUACUGGGAAGAAGCCGCACGAGUGCUCCUUCUGCGGGGAAGGCUUUGACCGCAAGUGGAAACGACAAAAGCACCAGCAGGUCCAUCUGCGAAGCAAGAUGAGUCUCUGACGGGGUGGUUGGGAACAACAACAGCAAAAAAGUUUUACAGCUUUGAAUUC